UGGGGCUGAUGGUGCUGCUGGGGCCGCCUGUUUCCUGGGCUGGCAAAGCAGACUUUCCAGUUUCGUCCGUGCCGUGCAGCCACCAUCCUCGCUGCACACUCUGCUUUGCACCCAGUUGGGACCCAUCUCACCUGCAGCAUGCCCCUGCUGCACGCAUUGGCUGUGCCCAGAGCCUGCGCAUCAGGGAAGAGAGACUGAGGCUGGGAAGGAGACUUGUUGGUCACCCCAGCUUAGCCAUGGCACUGGCAGCCAGCAAAAGCAGAGCGACAGCCUCCACACUCACUGGCAGCCCCGUGGCCACCACCACCAUGGUCCAGCCAGGCUUCCUGAGUGGCUGGCUUAGCCGCAUCCCACUACCCAAAUGGGCACUCAUCGCUGUGGCUGUGGCAGCGGCCAUUCUCCUCCUCCUCUUCCUCAUCUGCAUCAUCAGGUGCUGCUGUGGCAAGAAGAAGCCCAAGAAGAAGGAGAGAGUCAGCUUGCACGCUGUCAGCAGCUCCACCACGGCCAGCCUUGUCCAGCCUGAGAUGGAGGACCUGGAGCGGGGUGUGGAGCAGACAGGGCGAGGAAAGCUGCAGUACUCCCUGGAGUACAUCUUCCGUGCACAGGAGUUGAAGGUUGGCGUGAAGCAGGCAGCUGAGCUGAAGGCCAUGGACAGUGGAGGCACAUCCGAUCCAUAUGUGAUCGUCUACCUGACAUCCAAUACAAAGAAGAGGUAUGAGACCAAGGUUUACCGCAAGACUCUCAACCCUGUCUUCAAUGAGAGCUUCACUUUCCAGGUACCCCAGGCAGAGGUGCCCGAAUCUACGCUGGUGAUGCAGAUCUAUGACUUCAACCGUUUUACCAAGCACAACAUCAUUGGUGAGGUCCGGCUGCCCCUGGCCACUGUCAGCCUGCAGCAUGUCAUUGAGCAGUGGAGUGACCUGGUGGCAGCCAGUAAAGUGGAGGAAGAACAGCUGGGCGAGAUCUGCUUCUCUCUGCGCUAUGUCCCCAGCACUGGCAAGCUGACAGUGCUCAUCCUGGAAGCCAAGAACCUGAAGCAGAUGGAUUCUCAUGGGCUCUCAGAUCCUUUUGUGAAGGUGCAUCUCAUCCUGAACAGGAAGAAAUGGAAGAAGAAGACCACAAGUGUGAAGAAAAACACUUUAAGCCCUUACUUCAAUGAGGUGUUUGUUUUUGAGGUGCCUUUCAAUCAGAUCCAGAACGUGGAUGUGGUCAUCUCCGUCUGGGAUCACGACAAAGUGAGCAGGAAUGAGCCCAUUGGCAAGCUCUUCCUGGGCUGCCGAGCCACGGGCAACCAGCUGCGGCACUGGUCCGACAUGCUGUCCAACCCCCGCCAGCCUCUCGCCCAGUGGCACAGCCUGCAGCCCCCCGAUGUGGUCGACAAAGCCCUGGGGCUGAAGUCCCACCUCAAGCUGCCUCUGCCCCCCAGAUAGUGUGGGUCCCCUCCUCCACCUGGGGGGCAGGGCACAGGGCUUGCAGGCAGGUGGGAGGCUUCUGUUUAGCAACAUCUGGAUAAGUUUUCCCUGUUCAGUAUCAGCAAAGAGGGGCCUGGAGGC